AUGUCCGAAACCGAAGCCGCCCCAGCUACGCCUAUUCAGGAGGCCACUCCUGAGAAGGUCGACCAGGAGAAGAAGGUUGACGAGAAGACUGUCGAUGUCAGUCCGAAGAAUGGCGGCGAGGAAACUGCUGCCAAGCCCGACGACGAGGAGAAGAGCAACGCGGUUCCAGAUGUUGCUCCACCGCCCGAGGAUGCCAGCACCUUCUACGAGUUCUGCGCAAAAGACAUUGACGGGAAUGAGGUGUCCAUGGAAAAGUACCGAGGCCAUCCGACUGUUGUCGUGAACGUUGCCACAAACUGCGGCUUCACCAAGACCAAUUACAAGCAGCUGAAUGAGCUGUAUGCCAAGUACGAAGAAAAGGGUCUACGCAUUGCGGCCUUCCCCUGCAACCAGUUCUUCAGUCAGGAGUCUGGUUGCGAUGUUGACAUUAAAGAGUUUGCCGCCAAGAACAAUGUGCAAUUUGAUAUGUACUCGAAGAUUGAUGUCAACGGUGAAAACGCAAUUCCUCUGUACAAGUGGCUCAAGUCCAAGCAAGGUGGCAUCCUCGGCUUCAACUCUAUCAAGUGGAACUUUACCAAAUUUCUUAUCAACAAAGACGGCAUUCCAAUUAAGCGAUUUGGAAACCCCGCAAGCGAUAUUGAGCCCGAUGUCAAAGCUUUGCUGCCUGAAUCCUCCUCCUAA